UGAAAUUGCUUAAAAUGUCGAUGAACACUUGGAAAAACGAUAGAUAAACAUUAAAUUUCUGGUUUAUAUGGGACCUUGGAUUGGAAAGUGCGAUAUAAAAUUUUUAUUUUCCUCUCUGGUUGAAGUGAGGCUUGUUUUAACGACUUUUUGUUGAAUGUUGUGUCGGUUUUUACGUGUAGAAAGGCGAUCGGUUCAGCAGUGACUAAUAAUCUCAGUUAUGUGCGUGUAUAGUUUAUAAUAAUAAUAGUGAUAUUUCAAAUCGACCGACUGGGUAUUGCACCAAUCCAAAGGUAAACACCAAGGUUCUUUUUUGCCUGACGCAAAAGAAAAAAAAAUGGUUUAAUUAUUGUCAACCUUACCACCCACUUAUGGUUUAUCAGAUGAAAAAUUCGAAUAAUAAAGAAAUAAAGGAAAGAUAAUGUUACUAUCUAAUCUGAUCGAUAAGCCCAGUACCAAAAGCACUGCUGUCGAAUCGCAAUCAAAAUGAACGAAUGCAGCGGAUCGCUAUAGUGAAUUUCCUGUAAAUUUUCGAGAAAAAACUCGUAAUGGAGCCCGCAGACAAGAAAAAACGGUCCCUGGUGAACUUGUUCAGUUUCCUCACGACAUGUUUGUUCCUGUUCUUGGCCGUUCAAUUCUCAGAUGGCGUAUCAGGUGCUGUUAGCAACUUCGCCACGAAAAUCAACAAGAUCACUGACAGUUUGGACAAGGCAGUGCUGGGUCUCAGCACUGACGUCAACUACACGGACUACAAUGCCAAAACUGACUACCUCAGUGUCAACACCAGUUUUGAGACCAAAGGCAUGGCGGGACUGUACAACAUAACCACCCUGUUUAUUAAGGCUGUCAUGCCCAAGGACAUUCUCAUGCAAGGCCUGGUGACGGUGGACAAGAACAAGCAAAUCCAUUUGACCUACGACUAUGCAGACUUGAUGUGGUACUACCAGACCUUGGUGGCGCUGCUCGUUUUUUUGGCGCUCUGCGUAGUGUUAUUCCCCCUAUUCUUCCUGUUCUUUUGCUGCUGCAGGUGUUGCUGCGGCAACUGCGGUGCCCGGUCUCAACCUGCCGACAAAAAGAAGGAUCUUUGCAAGAAACUUUGCCAGGGAACGGUGCUGAUAGUACUCGCCACAGGACUGUUAUUUGGGGUGGUGUGUGCUUUUGUCAGCAACGAGCAAAUGCAGGAGGGCAUCAGAGACUUUCCCAACAACAUGAACAACAGCAUUCAAGAUACGGGAAAGUAUUUGAAUCACACUAGUGGUGAAAUCAAUCAUCUCCUAGUCGACAACUACAAUGAAUUCAGUGAUGCACUAUUUGGUGUACUGGACAAUGCUUCCGUUGCUGUCACCUCGCAACUGGAGGAGUACUCCAACGCUACGGCUAUGCUGCAACUUCUUGAUUUCGCUCAUAAUUUAACCAACGUCCAGACUACUUUGGAGGAUCUGAAAACGAGCUCAAACAGGCUGAGAGUGUACGCGUCUCAAUUGAAUGACGCUCUGCGAAAAGUUAAGAAGGAUUUGACAACUACGUUACAAGACUGUAAAUUAGACCCAUGUAACGCUGUCAGAAACAACGUCAGUUUGUUGCAAACUAACAUCGAUUUCAAUAAGUACGUUGAUAGGUACUUUCCCAGGUUGCCAGAUUUAAGCGAUAGCAUCACCAGCAUUGAAGGAUUAGGGAUCGAGGAUAUUCAAACAGCUGCUGAAAAUGGAAACGAAAAUUUGAACAAUGUUAAGAAGCAAAUCGCUGAUAGUCUAAAGACUGGCAUUGGCAGCGCCAAAAGUCAAAUCACAAAAUCAGGUCAGGAUAUCAAGACCAAGAUGAACGACGUGACCGACAUGAUCAACGAGUUCCAAACUAGUCUCACCAGCACCACCAAAGAGCCCCUCGAAAAAGCCAACGAUUAUAUCGCCAAAUACGGCAUGUACAGGUACUACGCGGGCUUGACCGUUGCUUGCGUGUUGCUCUUGGUGACCGUGUGCAUUGCCCUCGGUCUGAUCUGCGGGAUCUGUGGUAAGAGACCCGAUGGUUUCUCGGAUAACUGUUGCAACAAAGGUGCCGGCAGCCAGUUCUUGAUUUGCGCCGUCGUAAUAAUGUUUAUAUUCGGAUUCGUCAUAUCUGUCAUGACUUUAGUCAGCGUCGUGGUAGGCAUCGUGUCGGACAAGGCCGUUUGUUCCACCUUUAAAAAUCCAUCCGGUUCCAACAUCAUGCAGGUGCUGGACGAUUUGGUCGAGUUUGACAGUUUCAAAGUCAGUUUCAGCAGCAUGCUGAAGAACUGUCAUAGUAACCAAAGCGUCUACACCACGUUCAACCUGAAGGAUAAGUUCAACAUUGCUGAAGUCAGGAGCCAGUUCAACAUCAGCGAGCAGUUGAGCGAAUUCAAUUUGAACAAGUCCAUGUUCGAUAAUUUUAAAAUUUUGGACGAGGGUAACAUGCGAAUAAUGGACAAUUUGAAAAAUUUUCAGACUCCAAACUUAGAUAAAUUUACGGAUGAGCUUAGCGCAAAAUUCACCAACUACAACUUGAAUCAACUCUCCGACAAAAUCCAAGAAGUUAUCGAUACCAUGAAAAAAACACAGGAUCCCGGUUACGAAGACACGAUAAGAAAUCUGCAACUCAGCCAAUUACACCUGAGCACGUACAACGAGAAAAUUCUGGAUCCGAUGAGAAACCUGGCCACUCAAGUCAUGACUAACGCUACUGAACUGGACAGUAUGCUAAAAAUGGGAUCUGACAGUUUCAACGAUGCCGUAAAUGACUUGUUGGACAAGAUCGUAAAGGCACAGGACUAUCUACUUAACCAUGGUGCAGAUUCAUUAAUUAAUAUUACGGACAAUUUCAAAGGUACUAUCAUUACACUAGUGGACGGGUACAUGGAUAGGGUCGAAUACCAAAUAACUAACGAAGUUGGUACUUGUGGUCCAUUAAGCGCUGUGAUCAAUUCAACUCUAACAUCGACUUGCGACAAAAUCCUGCUACCAUGGAAUGGAUUUUGGUUCAGCAUGUUCUGGUCGAUCCUACUGUACAUCGUCACUAUCGUAGUGGCUAUCAAAUUGGCCACCCUGUAUCAGAAAUACAAACCGUACGGCCACGGCUAUGUCGAGACUGAAUAUUUGUAUGACGCGUACGCUGAUAGUAUUCCUUUGAACAGCAGGGCCGGUAAACGUGGUAAGAAAAAAGGUAAAAAAUCGAAGAGAUACGAGGAAAGACAUCCACCCAACGCGGGACACGGGGCAGUGGCCAGAGGUUCUCACCCUGUAGAUGGUCGGUACGAUGACAUGGCUCCCAAGCCAGGCAUUGGGAGGAUUUUCCAAACGGUGGGCCCCCUCACUACCAAAGAGCACCCACUGAAUACGAGAGGCCCCCACCAUAUUAUUAUCCAGGAUCAGGGAGCGAACAAUAAACCAAAAAAUCACAGACAGGACGUGUAAGAUUUCGACAAAACAAUGGAGAAGUACAGAAUGUACAGACUGAAAGUUUUUAGUUUUUAUGUCAAGCAUUUUUCUCAUAUAUUCCGAGAUUAAUAGUUAAUUCGUUUUUGUGAUGUUUUUUUACUAAGUAUAUAUUAUUUCUUAGCUUGUUAAUAUUACUUUUCGAACCGCCUGUAUAUAUUUAAAUUUUUUUUCGUUAUGGUGGUAUGUGUUCUCGAUUAAUCUUGUUUGAAACUUGUUUAGAAAAAAAUGGACACAUUCCAUUUACGCUCAAGACAAACUAUUUUUAUAUAUUAAUGUAUCAUAUGGACACCCCUCGUAGAUAUAAUACUCUUUCUCUCUCUCUUUAUCGGACACACCCCGUAUAUAUCGUCGUUACUUUAGUAAAAUUAUAUUAUAACAAAAUAUAAAAAUCUAUUUUCUUCUAAUAUACCUAGUAUAUAGAAGAGAAAUAAAUCAAAAAUGUUUUCCAACGUAGGUUGUGUAUAUAUUUAGGAAAAUUUAAACGUUUUUUAUUUUAAAUUUCUCGUAUUUUAAAUUCGACUUCUAAACGAUCUCAAGCGAGCACAUUUUACUCACGAUGCAUUUAAAAGAAAAAUAAGUAAUUUUAAGUAGACUUUCUGUAUACAGGGCGGAUAAAAAGUUGAUGGAAACAUUUAUUUUCCCUGUAUAUAUUUCUCGUGCUCAAAAACAUUCGUAUGAGGAACAAAAAAAA